AUGGAUGCAAGCAGUAGUGACAGUGUGGGUAAGAAAGAGAAGGAGAGACUCGUCAUCGCAUCCGUUCCAUCAACCGAAAACCUCGUCCCCAACGAUGCCAUGUACAGGCCUCAAGAAAAGACAUGGAAAUGGACCUGGAAGACAAGAAAUCACAUCUUGGCCUUCGUGCUCGUUCUCGGCACAGCAGUCGUCCCGCUCAUCAUCUUGGGAGAAGCUACAUCCCCACCGUACGCAGGCCGGGCCCCCUUUUCCUCCAUCUUCCGCGACAAAGUGAUAAACUGCGGCGGCAGCAUCGGCGGACGCCCCGCAAACUCAACAAUCACGGGUAUGGAAAAGGUGUUCGCGCUCGACAUGACGUUUGGGCAGUACACGUUCUCGCAGGUCAAGGCCAUCGACGUUGCGUGGGACACUGGCAUCGGACGCGGUCUGCAGCUGCUGGCGUCGUGGGCGGCGUAUAUCGUCUUUUGUAAUGCGCUGCUCAAGUCGAUUGAGCGGCAUCCCGCGUCGUUUAUUACGUUGCAGCGGAUAGCGCUCGAGGGGCCCAAGUUGAAGUCGAUUGGGACGCUGGUGGCUGAGUUGUGGACGGCCAAGAGUAAGAGGACCAAGGCCUUGUUUUUCUACAUGAUGUUGUCUACGGCAUACAUUGUUACCUUACCGACUGUGAUUGGGGCCAUGACGGGAUACGAUGCUACGGCUAUAGCGUGGGUUGAUAUCGAGGGCCUGGAAAAUAAUCUUGUUCCCGCAACGUCGGUGAAGAACACGUGGAUGGUCAAGGGGACGGUGAAUGAGACGUUCGCGCAGCCAGCGUGUGUAGAUACGCAGGUGAAAGACACGUAUUCGUGGGUUGUGAAUCGGCGGUUCGAAAUGUGUGACUGUCAGAUUCCCAAUGGAACAAGGUACUCUGCUCAAGAAAUCCAGAGCAUGAAGCUCACUAGUCAGCUCGUCCAAAUCAUGAGCUUGGGCUGUGUCUACAACUUCACGUCCAACACACAGACAUGGGAAGACGUGAACUUCCCCGACCUCAACUCACGCAAAACCUACUCGUGCAACUCGACUGUGCCUGUAACUAUCAAGGAUAAAACCUACGACGCACAGGACCUCGUCACUAGCUUCGGCUACUGCUACCAGUCUGUUGCUUAUGACGAGACUUAUCUCGAGGGAAAGUCGCGCUGUCUGCCCAACACUGCGCAUCCAUCGUACAAGUGGGGUUUCGCAACACUGCUAUGCGGACUCUUUGUCUUUGUGACUUCAGUCUGGGUGGUAAGCAUGUACAUACUGUGGCUGGAUUCGCAGCACGGUAGUACACUCGUGCAGAUGGGAUACAGUUUGACGCCUCUACGUGCAGCGUUUGCAAUGGCGAGAGCGGCAAGGCAGCGUACGGGGUAUUGUGAGAAGCAGCUUGUAAGGGCGGAUACGGAGGCGCUAGAGAAGGAGUUGUAUGGACGCAAAGGAAGCAAGAAGACAAUGGUUGACUAUGGUAUUUUUGUCGAGGAUACAGAGGGAGGUGAGGAGAUGCGGGGCCGUUGA